AUGGCAGAUAUCUCUGAACUCCCGUUUAUUGUGACUGAGCAUGUCAUUGACGGACAGCAUGUUCGGGAAUAUCCCAAUGCCACUGUGGAUCCGAAUUCCACUUUCAAGCUUGUCCUCAAGAGAUAUACGCCAGUCGACAACCUAAACCCGCAGCCUGGUGACGUGACUAUUAUUGGAGCACAUGGCUGCGGCUUCCCAAAAGAGGUAUAUGAGCCUCUAUGGGAAGACCUACUCAAUCGAAGUCGACAGGAUGGCUAUCGCAUUCGCUCUAUUUGGAUCGCCGAUGUCGCAAACCUCGGUGCCAGCGGUGUUGCAAAUGAGGAAUCUCUAGGCAAUGAUCCAUCAUGGUUUGAUCACAGCCGUGACCUUUUAUAUAUGAUAAACAAGUUCCGUGACGAGAUGCCACAGCCUAUUGUGGGUGUGGGACAUAGCAUGGGUGCAGGGCAACUAGUCCUACUGUCUCUCCUUCAUCCCCGUCUAUUCGCAUCUCUAAGCCUUGUGGAGCCCGUCAUAUCACCAGACAUUUUGACAGGCAAAGGCCCCUUGCUGACAGUCAUAUCACUCAAAAGACGACACGUCUGGAAAUCUAAAGCAGCAGCUAUUCAGGAGGCAAGAAAGACGCAUAAGGGAUGGGACAAGCGUGUCCUCGAUCGAUGGAUUCUCCACGCUUAUCGCGAACUUCCAUCACCCACUUCCACCCAUGAAAAUUGUACAGCCCAAGUCGACCAACCAGUAACUCUGGUCAGCUCAAAAUACCAAGAAGUACUACAGUACCUCCGUCCAAACCCAUCCAGCCACAGACCUGUCGGCGAAGAAGCUACCCCCGAUUCACCUCCCCACGACCAUCUCCUCUACCCAGAUGUCAUCGGACCCCCUCAGACAACCACAGAAUUUUACAGAUACGAGCCAAUCUUGGCAUGGAAGAUGCUCAAGCAUGUGCGUCCUCCUGUUCUAUAUGUUCUGGGGCAAAGUAGUCCCUUUGCCGCGCCUAGAACUCGCGAGAGGAUUCUCAAUAGGACGGGCGCCGGAAUUGGAGGGAGUGGUGGCGUAAAGGCUUUACAAGUUGAAGAGAAGAUUAUUCCGGGCUCUCACCAGCUACCACUGGAAAAGGCUUCGGAGACGGCUGCUGCUGUUGGUCCUUGGAUUAGCAGAUCGGUACGGCGUUGGAAGGAUGAUGAUGCGCGGAUUGCAAAGGGUUGGGCUUCUCAGCCGAUGAAUGAUCGAUUAAAGGGUAUGGCAGAUUGGAUUCCCAAGCUGGAGAAGAUAAUGUCUUCUGAGAGAGGAGAGUCGAGGCUUUGA